AUGCAGGUUAUACAGACAGAUGAAAAUAGUUGCAAAAGAGUCGGAGUGGAAGAACACUUGAUAAAAUUUAGGCCGUCGCCAAAUUUCAAAAAUAUGAAAAAAUUUAUAAAAUCCAAAAUAGAUCAUAGCGAGAUAACUUAUCGUGCUACACCGAGUGCUGCGCCCGAUCCACCGCCGCCUCCCAACAUAAGCAGAGCACAAAAAGUGAAGCCCGAGGUGCAACCACCCUUGCCCUUGGACCCACCUCCUGUGGAUACACCUUUAAAUUUAAAUAUACAAGUAAAACAAGAAAUUGAGGAUCUGGAUUAUCAUAUGUGUGAUAAGUCACCAGAAAUAGAAGCAGGAACCUCCCAAGGGAGUAAGAAUACCCAAGAAAACAAAGAAAAAUCUAAAAUGCCCAUAUGUCGAGAUUUCAUAAGAGGCACAUGUAAAAGGCAGGGAACAUGUAGAUUUGCUCAUAAAUAUGAUGUUUCACAACUAGUAGGAGUGUAUACAUUCUGCCAUAAGUAUCAAAAUUCUGUAUGUACUUAUGCGAAUUGCAAAUAUGUUCAUGCAAGUGUAUUUGAGGAGCGUAAUUUUUAUCGAACAGGCAUUUUGCCACCGCAUGCACUGGCACACCACAGGAAAGUUAAUGUAUUGCAACCACCACCACCACCACCUCCGCCACCUGAAGCACCCCCGACAGAUGUGGCUGCUGUUACAUUUUCAAACCCUCCACCACCAAUACCUAAUGAUUGUCUUCCAGUCAACUCAAUGGAAAACAGAAGUUUCCCCGAUCUUCUGCCGUUAAGAAGUACAUCCCCCCUAAAGCGGUCAUGGAAAACCAUCGAAGAGUUCGGCAGCUCGUGUGAGAUCGACGUUAAGAAACAGUCGUCGAAAAAAUGCAAACAUUGCGAUGUCAUGGAGUUCAGGCUGCAGUACAACAAGGACAAGGUGGAGAAGAUGCUGCAUUCGAAGCAGGAACUGGAUAAGAAGAUGGCUCUCUUGGACAAGAAAACCGACAAACUCUAUUCCAUCCUAUUAGCACUGCUCAAACCAACGUUCUCGUCCAAACCUCAGAGUCACGCGAACAGCUUGACUUCGAUGAACCGUGAUAACAAAGAGAUGGAU